UUAACGCUGUCAGUGAACUGAUGUCCGGAAAGUCACGUGACGUACCGUCAGGGCGGCCGCUCGACUUUUCAGCGUUCUGUACGUCAGGCCUGCAGGUUGUUUAAUCGAUCCUGUGCGGCGGACCGAACGGGUGUUCAGUAACGAUGACUUUAUCCCGGUUGUUGUCACGGGUUGGUUUCGUUAGCAGAGUUGGAUCCAGAUCUGCUUUUACAAGCUCCAAGACUGACACCAGGAACCCCAAUUGGGUGCGGGUGGGCCUGGCCUUCGGGAGCUCCGCCUUCCUCUGGGCUUUGCUUUUCAAGCAGCACAGCACAGAUGUGCACGAGUACAAAGUGAGGAAUGGUCUUCAGUAGAGCAGCCCCCGGCAGCAAGGCGGACCAGGAUGCUGUUAUUCAUGGACGCUCUGCUACCGCCUGGACUGUCUGUCUGUUUUCUUGUCUCACUCCUGUCCUGUGAAAUAAAUGUGUCUUAUAUCACAA